CCGCACGCAAGCCUGCCGCCGGGAGGGAAAUAGCCAGGUGAAAUCUCCCUCUGUUUCCAUGGACAACCCGUCCAUUAUCACCCAGGUGACUAACCCCAAAGAGGAGGAGAUCCUGUCCUGCGCUCAGGAUAAAGUGUCCCAAUGUAAUAUCAGCUUGAAGAAGCAGAGGAGUCGAAGUAUCUUUAGCACCUUAUUCUGCUGCUUUCGUGACUACAAUGUCGAACCACCAUCUACCAAUAGCACCAGUGCUCUUCCUCCUUUGGUGGAGGAGAAUGGAGGACUUCAGAAGGGUGACCAGAUGCAGGUCAUGCCUAUACCAAGUCCACCAGCUAAAUACCUCCUGCCAGAACUGACAGCAUCAGACUAUGGGAAGAAGUGUGUGGUCAUUGAUUUAGAUGAAACUUUAGUGCACAGUUCAUUUAAGCCAAUUAGCAAUGCUGAUUUCAUCGUUCCUGUUGAAAUUGAUGGAACCAUACAUCAGGUUUAUGUAUUGAAACGACCACAUGUGGAUGAGUUUCUUCAGAGGAUGGGAGAGCUCUUUGAAUGUGUACUCUUCACAGCCAGUCUAGCCAAGUAUGCAGACCCAGUAGCCGACUUGCUGGAUCGCUGGGGUGUGUUCAGGGCAAGGCUCUUUAGAGAAUCCUGUGUUUUCCACCGAGGAAAUUAUGUGAAGGAUCUGAGUCGACUGGGACGUGAGCUGAGUAAAGUUAUUAUAGUAGAUAAUUCUCCUGCAUCUUACAUCUUCCAUCCUGAAAAUGCAGUACCUGUGCAGUCCUGGUUUGAUGACAUGACAGACACAGAGCUGCUAGACCUUAUUCCUUUCUUUGAAGGACUAAGCAAAGAGGAAGAAGUUUACAGUAUGCUUCAUAAACUCUGCAACAGGUAGCCCUUAACUUUGACUGACUUCUGCUACUCGAUUGCAGUUGCUAGAGGCUGUCUCCGUCUUCUUCAGCUCUUUCAAAUCUAAGCUUUGGGGAGGUCGCCCCUGUCAGAAGUGCUACUCUUGAUCUUCCUGUUACAUUGGACACGAAGGACAAUCAUGAGUGAUGCUAUUAAGCCUUCAGAAGCCUGACUCCUAGGUCAUGUGUUCAGACUACUUUUUUAAAGGAAAAAAAAAAAAAAAAGCUAUUUUAAAUGGGACUCUUUUAAUGAAUUUCAUAAAUGGACAUCUUUUACUGGAUCAGCUUUUCUUAAAACAUGCCAAAAAAGAAGCUUGUAUUUCAGCAGUUGAAUUUCUCUCCCUUUCUUCCCUUCCCACUAUGCAGACAAUUUUACCCCCCUGCUUAGAGCAGUUGACCUGACUCUGAAUUUUUUCUUACAGAAUGAAGUGCCUUUUUGAAUGUUAUUUUAAGAUAAAAAUUCAUUUUUGUAUAAGACGUAUUUCCAGACAUCUUUUAGUCUUGUAUUGUCUAAAUGCUUUAAAAGGAAAAAGGAAAAAUUUUAUAGAGCACUGUAAUAUAUAACAAAGGAAAAAGUUGAAACAAAGAUGCUGGGUUCCUGUCUCCACAAUGACAUUAAGUUGUAUUACGUUUGUCAUGCUCAGAAGGUUUAAGCGUUUGUGGGAGGGGUGAUUUGGGGUAAUUACAUGGUUGUUUCACUGAUACGAUUUUGGGCACAGUUUUGAACAUAUCUGCAGUUGUUUGAGUAUUAGGGAAUGAUGGAAUUGAGAAAAUAAGGUGGCUAAUCGAUCCAAAGCACCUUUUCUCCUAGACAGAUGAAGUUCUGUUGUCUCUGCUUACGCACAACUGCCAUGCCUCUCGUUUUUUGGAAAACCAUUAUCUUGGGUGAAUGGGGAGGAGAUCUAUUUAUUAGUUUAAGAUUCUUUUCUUAAAAAAAAAACAAAAACAACCCAUCUGGGUAAGCUGGAUCUGCAUUGAGCUGUUUGGAGUACUUUUUUCUUUUAAUUGCUGCUACUGUAUACUCACCAAAUGGAGUUGACCAUCGGCUGUUAUACUGUUUUUGCCACUGUGCCUGUGCUAUGAAACAUUUUCUGUAAGCUGCAAACUUGGGCAAUAAAGAAAAUGCAGGCUUCAUAACCCACCCCUACGUAUUAACCCUACGGUAUCUGAUAUACCAGAGAACUCAGUUAAAGGUGACCUGCAAAGGAAUUUUUUUUUUUUUUUUUUUUUUCAAUUGGGAUGAAGCCUUCUCCUUUCUUUGGUAUAUAAAAAUGCAAAAAGUAUUUUUCCCACAUCUCUGAUUUGUGUUUCUCCUUCCUCAAGGUGUAAGGUACAGACUAGGAGCUUUAUGGAGUCUUGCUAGGAGG